UGUUUAAAACGAAUGCCACGUGGAAAUCAGUGUGAGUGCGACUGAGACUACGACAUGCGCCUAGUUAUUGCCUAUUGCGGCUGGGCAACGAAUGGAGGCACGAGAUUGUGUUAUCUAAUAAAAGCGCAAACACAAUGCGAGCAUUGCGACUAUGCGACAAUAGACACACUGACAAACACGAUUAGGAACGUAUGAUUCUCAGCGUAGGCUCUCAGCCGCAAUCGUUUUCCAAGUCGCGACGCGUAAACAACUAGUGCAGUGUGCGCAUCGCAACGCAUCGAUAACGACCGCCAUCAUGACUUAAGCCACAUUUUAAAACCAAAUAUUCUCAAUAUGACUAAGUAAAUAAAAUAAAAUAAUAAAAAUAAUAACCUCUACAACAAUGGCUAUGGCAGAAAUUCAUAGUCAUACUAAUCUCAAGGAUAAAAUCCGCUUCUUUGACAACAUAAUCCAACAUGAACGCAAUGAAGACCGUCAGAGUUUAAUUUCAAGUGUAAAAAUUCGCCCGCAAGUCAAACCAAAACCAAAAUUCGUACCGCGACCACAAAGUGUUAAUGUGACUGAAGUGCGACAACCAUUUCAAGUUCAUUUGAGUGUCAAACCUCCACCUGUGUCACGUUCACGUUCGCUGCAUCAUACAACGGAGGAAAACAUGAAACGCAAAGCAAGUUUAGAUCAAAGUGCACGCACACAUGCGAUACCAAUACAAAAAUCCAAAAGCGCCAUUGUUUUGGAUGAAUAUCUCGCAGAAAGCGGUGUGAAAUUAAAACAAGAUAUUGAGGAUAUUGUUAAGAAGUUUACGAAAGAUCUGGAUGACCUUCGGCAUGUCGAUCGCUGUGAUAAAGACGAUAUGCAAGCGAAAAUUAGUGAGAAUAUUAACAAAUCGGAUAUUAUUCCAUAUCAUUCUGUGGAUAUUGUGUGCGCGAGUGUUUUAACACCAAGUUUUCCUAAAGAAGAGAAUGUGCUUGGACAUUCUUCGUGCAGUGAUGGCAAAAAACAAUUAAAAGGAAAUUAUUGUCGUGUUAAACGACGUAAAAAAAGUAAAAGAAGCGAUCAAUUUCUGGAGCCGUACUUUCACGGGUUCACCGACCGCACGCACACUCGCAGCCCCGGCGUGCCAUCGCCGACGCCGCAGGAAUGCCAUCGAAAUCCUUUCGACCUGCCGAACCCGCCAUCUCGGUCGCCGUCGCGGGAAUCACUGAUUUCCUCCAACGGCGGCUCGGAUGCCGGCAGUGAAGACAGUGCUGACACUGGAUAUGGGGCUGCAUGUGAUAUUGGUGUAGUCGAGCGUUUGAUUCGAUCGCACCCGAUAUGGUUCCUGCCCGGCAUACAACGCGCCGGAGCUUUUCAUCUUCUUCAGGGCAAGGAAGAAGGUUGUUUUGUGGUGCGUCAGUCAUCACAGUCUGACACAAUGGCACUCUCUGUUAGAUUGCCUCCUGACAAGGGACCCUAUAUUGAACAUUAUUUGAUUCAGUCGACUGGCGGUCGCCUUGGGCUGGAAACGAGCGAGAAUCGCUUUGAUAAUAUGCCGGCUCUCAUUGCACACUAUGCUAAUUGUUGUGACGAACUUCCGGUGCAACUAAUUUUACCAAAAUCUAUCCGGGAUGCUAAAAGUCGUCAACAGCUCUCCUCCCUAGCUCUUCUAGGGCAAGAAUUUUGGAGGUACAGCCCACCACCAUCUACUGCUUCUAGUCCUGAUACUGACUUGGUGCUGAACUUGAAUCCUAUGAUGAGCACUUUUAAAGCCGCUGAACCUUCAACUCCUGUGUCUACGUUAGGCAGCAGUCAUGGUCAGAUCAAACCCGCUAGGCCCAAUACGUUGAAUCUCCUGAAUCGUACCGAUCCAGUGGAGAACAGUCAAAUGAUCAAGAUGCCUUCGUUUAGAAACGAGAUCAAACAUCCUCCACCACCGCCUCCUAGAUGGUCCAAACCAACAACGCCACAGAAUAAUAUUACCGUCACCACUACAUUUACGUUUUCCAUGAACGGUGCAAAUGGCACCUCGAAUGGGAAUGGGUCUCCAAAGGAGGCCCCACCCCAGGAUCAUCUUAUGUGCGAUCCUAAGCGAAUGUCACCGGAGGGUCAAACCUCUACAAUGUCUUCUAAAGGUAGUCUUCGCCGGCCGGAUCAUAUCCUAUCACCAAGUUCAUCUGUACUGUCGCCAAAUUCUGACUUGAGUAUUCUCUCUCCGGAUACCUUGUCUCCUUUGUCAAUAACUAAGACUGCCACACGUCAAAGCCGCAGAAAGCACAAGACAUCCAAACAUUAUCAGGAAUCCGAUAUAUUGGAUUCUCCAACAGUAUAUUAUCGUAGCGCUGUCGGGGACAAAGUUAGCGACUAUGAGGAUGUAUGGACCAAUGAAGGGAAUACCUUCAAACCUAAACACUUACAACCCAAUCAUAAUCAGAACCAACAUCUUCAACAAUCACCGGAUUUACUUCAACAUGUCAUUAACAAUAACAACAACAAUAAUGUAUUGUCACCCACUGAGUCUUCUGCAAGUAUGAGUGUUAGUAACUCAAUGUCGCACAACUCCACGUGUUCUACUCCUCUUCCAAAUACAACCCAGAGUCAGACCAACCUCAGUUUGCAAUCUCCCGACUCGACGAAAGGUGUUCAACAGCUUCAGGCUGAUAUGCAAUCUCCAAAGCAAGGUAGUCCAUUCUACGCUGAACCAGCCGAUUCCAUCACACAAGCGCAACAAACGUCGGUCCCGCGGAGAUUGUUCAGGAAUCCGGUGCCCAUACAGCAAAGGCAUUCCAAUCCGCCGGCGCUGCAUUCACACGCGGCCGCAUUGCACGCCGGGAUGAUUGAACGCAUCGAACAUUCAACGGAAUUCAACGAGUUUUCUUCCUCCGUUGAUAAUCUGAGCCCGACGCAGAGGCUCCUCUCGAGUUUGAAGCGUCCCGACGUGAAGCCGAUUAUGCCGCCGUCGGUGAAGCCAAGGACGAACGAUACGUGGCAGCUCGACAACGGGUGGAAAUUCGUCAGCAAUGAUGCUGAUGUGAAUAUGGAAUCCAGUGAUGCGGAUUACGAUUCGGAUUGGCCUGCUACGAUACCCAACCUUCCGAUUACGCAGUUCUCACCUGGCGAUAGCAGCCGGUUGGCUUUACAUGACAUGAUAGCGAAAAGACAAUCGAUGGAUAUGUCGACGACGGAUGACGAAAUGUGUCGUAUGUCUGCGUAUGACAACGUUGAUGACAAACGGGUUCCCAGGGCACCACCCUCUGAGAUCAGCGAACUGACCGAAUUCUCGGAGCCGUGGAAUGAUAUAAGUCACGCCGUCUCGACUGAGACGGACGAUAGUUUCUGUGAAACUUUUAAUCCCUUCCACCCACCACCGAAAGUGGCGUCGAUCAAGCGCGCUAAAAGCUUCAAAGAUCGACUAGAUCCGUUACUAUGUGCACCACGACUCCACGCAUUGCGGAAUCGUGAUGGUGACAAAACCACGGUCGGCGCGUCGAUUCGCAGCUAUGCUCUGGAUCUCGCUCAGGACAAGAGCACCACAUUCGCGCAAAACAUCGACAACUUCAUCGCAUGCACGUGCGACUCCAAGGAGACGAAUCCACAGAUCGUCAUGCGAAACAUGCGGCAGUUCAUGUCUGGAAUGAAGAACUACCUUGUGAAACAUGGCGAAAAGAAUUUUAACAAGGAAGUCGAACGGGAACGCAAUAAGUUGAAAUCAACUGAGUUUUUGAAUUUGGACGCCAUCUUGGAAAGCGUUCUGCACCGUCUGGUCGUGCGUCCGCUGAAAGCUCACCUUGAUAAGUUGUUCGUCGAUUACUUUACGAAAACGGGCGCGAUUAAACUGCUAUCUGAUAAUAUCAACUAUGCUGGUACACGACCUCCACAAGAAUUGGCUAUCAAACAGAAGAUUACGCUGCCUUCCGAGACAGCGCUCAAAACGAUCGAAGAAUACUUAACGAGGCUAUGCAACGCAGAUUCACCAUUGGAAAAGUUGGAGUUUUUGCUUGCCGCCAUUGCUGCCAUAUUUAAUUCUGUGAAAACAAGUCAAUUGGGAACCGGAAGAACAAUCACAUUGGGAGCUGAUGAUUUCCUUCCGCUUUUCGUGUGGGUACUGGUUAAGACAAAAUUCCUGACAGCUGAAAUUGAGGCCGAAUAUAUGUGGGGAUUAUUGCACCCGUCGCUUCUGUCAGGGGAGGGCGGUUACUACCUCACCACGUUGUCAUCAGCUGUGCAAGUACUUAAGAACUUUAAGGAGAGCAACGAGGAAAACGUUAACAGCCAACCAAAAACAGAUUCGGUGUUGAAAGUCGUUGUUCCCGAUGAACUGCACGGUUCCAUUCUGACAAAGACACUGCCUGCUAGACCGCACAUGACAACCAAAGAGGUUUGUAAAAUCAUCGCACACAAGGCGAGAAUUACAAAUCCGCAAGACUACGCAUUGUAUCGGCUUGUUGAUGGAGAAGAAACAAUGCUAGGUGACAACGAGUGCCCACAGGACUUCACCAGCAACGGCAAACAUGUGAUGCUGGCGUACAAGCGGAUCGACGCGAAGAUCGCAUGGCCGCGACAACAAUCAAACUGAUAAUACUAGUCAUAAACCAGGUUUUAACACUUUUUAAAAUGAUAGUCCUUUGUUGGUAUAUGUUUUGUUUUUUUCUCUUGAUUUCUUGCAAUCGAUUUUCGAAAAUACGGCGAGAAUCAUUUGAAAUUGUAUCAUCGUUAUUAACUCGGUUUUAUAUCAUUAUUUUAUCAUGAAAUAAUCGCCUUCAAUCUUGCGCAAACAACUCUGUAACUGUAUAUAGUAUUACGAAAAGUAUUUAUGUUAACUUAAAAAACUGUUUUGUCGAAAAGAAGAAACGAGCGCGUGUCUUGGAUGUUUUUAUACCGCGUGUGAAAAGUGCACGAGCCGCAACUCUUUGCAUAUAGCAAAUGUACGAGUAAUUUUUAAUCAAAGCAAACAAUAACCAGACGUAAACCGCAACAUAAUGAACGCCCCUUCAGCAAUCGCUCUCGGUAAUUAUGUUUACCGUCGUAGCUGAACACGUAUGGCAUAUUUAUUUUGAAUAACUUCGUAACACACUUAACUCUAUACACUUUUAAAGGCUAAAAACAACUCUUAAUACGACUUUGUUUCUAAUUAAUAAAAACUAUAUUCUUUGAAACGA